AUGAUACAAAAUCCAAUAGACCAUGUGUACGAGCUGAUGCCCGCACAUUGGCUUCACUCUCUCCGUGUAGCCGUGUACCUAGUUAGUCAACAUGUUAUAAGUCGUGUACUCGUGUCCCCUCACCUUAUAUAUACCACAAUCUACAUAAAACAUCAGACAUCACACACCAACAUCAACACAAUAAUUGGUCUUCUCAUCACUUCUCAGACACACAACAAGUUCAGAAAUCUAAUCUCCAUGGCGUCCACGAUGCAAAGAACAAACAGCACCGCUAUUGUAAACGAGCAGCAACGUAGCCAGCUACAAACAAGACAAGGUCCGUCUUUAGUGAUCAAACCAGUGUCGCUUACUAACUGGAACAUAACUAUCCCUCUUCUGUCACCGGUUGAUACUUCCCCAACAUCAUCCUUCGACCAAUCCCAUGUUCCUACCCCGCAGAACAAGACUGAGAAACCGGAAGAAGAUGAGGCGAUCAAGAAGACGCCAGUUUUCAAGAAAUGGAAACAUCCAGCGUCGCCGGUCUCCUACGAGCCCACGACGUUUGUCCUACCGUUCAUCUCGGUUUAAGCGGCCAGCAAGCCGCCCGACCACAUGUGAAAGCUCGUUCGUGUAACAACAACACGCGUUUUAAACUAUUUUUUUUGUAAAAAAAUCUAACAACUCAUAGUUUUCUUGAUCGUCUUUUUAAGUUAC